AUGACGACCCCUGCCGCUUUACCUCCGUUGCCUUUCAAUCCGGGUCGGAUACGGACAUACCUCCUCCGACUACCGCUGUUUACUCGACUGGUGCUGCUGAUCAUUCUGGCCUUCUGGCUGCUCGAAUUCCAGACUAUUUGGAGUGUUGUGCAAUGGGGCGCUUUGAUUCCAGACGAGAUCAACCUGGGGACUAUGUACCGACUGAACACCUAUCCCAUCAUCCACACGGGCUUCUUCCAUGCUUUCUUUAAUGCCGUGGCAGUUGCACCGCUGUUGGAGCGAUUCGAGGCCGAGCAUGGCACUUUGACUGCUAUUGCGUUGUUUAUUGGACCUCUCUCGACUGUCCCCGCUGGACUUUACAUCUUGAUUGAGAGGUUUAUCCUACACAGAAAUACUUCGGUGGUCGGCGCAAGCAUUUGGGUUUUCCUGCUUCUCGGCUCUGAAGCCAUCAAGACAUACAAGUCUCACCCUAACUUCAGUCUUGGCCCGUACAAGAUUCCUACCUGGACCUCACCCCUGUUCGCAUGUGUCGUUGUAUCCAUCCUCAUCUCGAACGUGAGCUUCCUUGGUCAUCUCUGCGCGAUCCUUGUUGGCUAUCUCCUUGGCCUCGGAUAUCUCAAGGUGUUUGUGCCCCCUGAGAAGGUCCUCCGUUGGAUCGAGGGCAAGUUGAACCUCCUGGGACGUCUGCCUCACUAUGUCUCUGUCGACCAGAAGACCUACGGUCGCUAUGGAGUUCUUCCAACCAGCAACCCUGCCACCGUCAGCAGCAACAAUCAAACAACCAUGAGCUACUUGUGA